AUUCUCUUUGGAGCUGAGUCAUUGCUGGAGCCGGCCGCUGCCAUUACUGUGGAUAGUUUUAAUAAUCUCAAUGUGGGCAGCGGUCAGCUGAAUGCUGUUUCGAACGGUGCGCCGAUUAUUAACGCCAUGAACAAUCCUGUAGGAGCUUCUGCUGGCUCAGCUGUGAUCCCAAAUGCUGUGGCGGAUUCUGGCACUGUUGCUACCAGAAUUGCUCAAGGAAGAGCAUCCAGUGGUCCUCCAGCUUCUCGUGGAACAGCUGCUCUAUCAAAUGUAGUGAAUGCUGUUGUUGCUACUAACAGAGCGGGUAAAAGCGGGUCGAAUUCAUUCCAGGAUAACAUCGGUGGACCCGGCUCAUUCCAAAACAAUGCCGGAGUAUCACUGGUUCCGACCAGUUUCGCAGGCAUCGGUACCACUGGCAAUUCCUGGGUAAUUUUGUUAUCAGUAACAUUAGCUUUUCUUCGCUGCUGUGAAUUUAGAAACUUUAUGCUUUUUCUUCACGAUCAAAUAGAUGUGUCAAUUUUCUCGCUUAAGCAGUAA